AUACAAACUCAUUACUUAGAAGGCCGCACAUAUGUGAAUCUUAGCAGGGCAUAUGACAGGUUAUGAUGAUUAUCAACAGCAAUACAGUCUAGUCAAUCGGGACCACCCUACAUAUAUAACGAGUGCUCUCCAUUCCCUCAGUAUUACAAUUCCAACCAUCCACAAUCUUCAGGCUGUGCGAAUUUACCAUAAGUUUUACCACAUAUCAGCAAUGUCGAAAAUCUCCAAAGCCGCAUUCGAAGGGUUAGCUAAGAAAAUACGCGAAAACUCCGAUUCCUUAAAGAACCUCACUUUUGCCGAUAACCAGACUUCAAAAACUGCCGUGAAGACCAAGGACCUUCGAUUUGAUGUGCACCGAAAUACUAGAGAUCCAACAAUGGCAACCGGGAUAAUCCAGGCGAACAGUCAGGCAGAAGAUAGGACAGUGCAGAAUUUCAUCAAGGGGAAAACUGGCGGACACAAGGGUACACACCAGGUCAUUGGAGAGAAGAUCACUUUUGGUCUUGGGGAGAACUUCAAAGCUGAUGAUGUCGCAUCUGCGGUUGAAAAUACUGAGUAG